UCGCACGACACAUUCGUACGGCACUGAGUCGAUCUGAGGUCGUACAACGAAAGCAGCUAGCGUUCCGACGUCCCGCGGGAUGAAGCCGUCUAGUGUAUCACCCGCUGUGGCGGCGCCCCCGCCAGAGCAUCCUCGGACGCCCUCACCGGCUCCGCCUGAACCAGAGGAAACGAGAGCCGGUUCGUCCGGGACUACAACUAUAGGCGGCACCACUGGAGUCACUAAUAUGGCAACUACCGUGCUGGGCAGUACCAUCGCGGGAACAACUAUGGCUACGACCAUGGCACCCGAUGGUGGUGAUAACAAUGAUGGAACCAUUGAGGGGGAUGCCAACCAACCGGAGCACGACGGACAAUUAGCCGACGGACUGCAGCCAGGUAGUCCGCAGGUCGCCAGUGGCUUGCCCUCGGUCUCACCCCUGGUUGGAUCCGGACAAUCACCAAUACCACCAGACACAGGAACGGCGGCAAUGGAACAAGGAGCCGGUGCUUCCCCAUUUUCUCCCGCGUUUUUCUGUCUGCUGGCUGCUAUUCCGCUUUCCAUAGCCAUCGGAAUCGUUUUCUAUCUGGUUCUCUCAAGUGUCGGUACAACAACUACUACUACUACUUCAGAGGAACCUACGACAAACGGAACGAAUGCCAGUGUGUCGUCAACUCGUCGAUCUGCUGAAGGGAUGGAUCUAGAAAACUACACUGGUGUGCCUAAUCUAGACAUCGUGAUUCCAUUGAUGGAGGACUUGGGCUUCAAAGAACUUGGCUCGGAAGUGGCAGAGCAGCUCAUUCACAAGAACGAUGGCGACGUUGUGAUUGUUGUGACGGAACCUGUGGUCCCAGCGAGCACUUCUGCAGCCACCAGUACAGCAGCACAGACAAACUACUCUUCAGCCUCAUAUCCCAUAAUUAAUGGCACCCGGUGGCCAGCCUCACCCACAAGAAACGACGCUUUAGAAAAUGCUACGACGUUUACAAUGCAGAAUAGCGAUACAAAUGAUAACAAUAGAACGAACGAAAGCUUGUCAUGAGCUUACAAACGCUUGCCGCAGUUGCGAAGGAAAUUCGUGACUGUGGGUGAGAAAGCAUGGACGACAGAACCUCCGGACGUAAAACAAACUGCAUUCCUGAAACAAACAAUGACAAUAAAUAGUGAAACAGUUACAG